GGGUCAGUAGUGCUGCUCGCGCGGGAUGGCGCGCACUAAAGCAAGCGGUGGUGGCGGCGCGUACCGUAAAGUGCUGGCCGGCCGCGCUCCGCGGAAGGUGCAGGGCUCCGGCAGGCUCAAUGCGGCCCGCUUGCCGCCGCGGCCCGUCCGGCGCAUCGGGAGGAACUCGCUGUGCGUGAGGCCCGUCCCCGCCUGGCAGAAGGGCAUCGGCGACUUUCUGCGGCCGCAGCCGAAGGAGGACUGCGAUCCCGACGGCGAAGCGGCAGGGAGCAGCGGGCAGGGCAAGAAGAGGCGAACUCGCCCGCUGCCCCCGGACCCUGCGGAAGACGACUCGUCGUGUGAAGAACAGCAGGAGUGAUCUGAGCUGCAACGGGUCGUGUGGGUGUCCCGGCGCUGGAGGUGCCUGGGGCUGUGGAUGGGGUGCUGGUCAGCCUGAGCUGGUGGGACAGAGAGCCCACGGCGGGGCUGGGAGCUCCAUGGCCCUUCCAGCCCUUCUGUGUCCUGAGAUGGUCUUUUUUAUGUAUCUAUAAAGGUGCUGUUCUUUUUAA